CCGCCACGCUCACGCCCCCCUGUCUCUGUCGUUGUGGUGCCCCAUAUCGCCCACUGGGGUCCUCCAUCCCCUCCUCUCCCCGAAAGAAUCGUGCCGAAGCACGCCAAUAGCCAGGUCGCAGUGCUGGACAGACACUGCAAGGCCCUGGCUCGUCGUUUCUUUUCCCCCUUCUUGCCCUUCUCUCGCGGACGCCUCUCUCAACCUCUUUUCAACUCCAGUCCUUCAUUUUCCUUUCGUUUCUUUUUCUCGUCUGCUCAUCUCAUCUGCGUCAUUGUGACUUCCCUAGCUUCUAGGUCUGGGAAUAGCAACGCGUCUUUUGAGCGUCGUCCGAUCCUUUUGUAACGUCGUCUUCUGCAUACAGACGCCAAACUCUCGAACUCUUCGCCUAUCUCGACUUCACUCCUUUUACUAUCGACAUAGACAACUGUUCAUUACCUUCCUUUGCAUUUAAACUAUAGACAUUCAUUUAGCAACAAGCCUCGGAGCAACGCGUUUUUUGCAGUACAACCACACAAUCAUUCUCCAUCACGACCGAUACGCACGCAUCAGCAUUCAAUUUCGCAUCACCGCUAGAUAAAAUCUACUUCGUCUACUGCAUCCCAGCUGCUAGUUGUUCUUUUCGGUUAUCAAACUCACGAUUGUCCUUCUGAAGCUCGUCUCACGUUGUUUACCUCGAUUCAACGCUCCAUAUUUCGUUUCAAAACGGCAAUGAUCAAUCGUUUCGAAUAAACACCAGACUCCGAGUAUCAGCAAAUCUCGCGUUCUAUCCGCCAAGAUGCAUAUAGAUCGCGUUCGUAACCCCGAUAUAAGCGAGAGUGCCCGUACUUUCAACGGACAACCGUACACCAUGGCUCCUCCCAUCAACCUGAAGAGAGCUGUUGUUGAGCAAGGCACAAACAGCCUCUGGGCUCGCCUCUCACGGCGAUCAGCCGAUUGCGACCCCAAUGAUUCCUGUGGCCAUUACAUGAGUACAAAUGCCACCACUAUCGCCAUUGUCCUGGGCACCGUCAUCCCGGUGACCGUUGCCGCCAUUGUCUUCUUUUUUCUCCACAGACGCAACAUUCGCAAAGUUCGACAAGAAGAUGCUCUGCACGCCAACAUGGACCUCGACUUUGGAGAUGACCCCAAGAAAAGCAAGCGAAGAACGCUUUUUGGUGGUGGGGAUAAAAACGCUCACCGUCCUGGCCAGCUGUCCAUGGACAUGAAUCUCAACUCGCCAUAUCUUCUCGCCCCUCACGUUACCCAAUCUGGCGAAUCUAUCCACAACAUGGCCAAGAACUUUCACAAUGAACAGGAUCCUUACCACACAGUCGGUCUCUAUUCCGCCGGCGGCGAUGCUGCAUCAAUCAACUCACGCGCCAAGGGCGGUGCCAGAAGUCCCAACAUGCCCCCUCCCAGGACCAACUCCAUGCCCAAGUCGGCUGGCUCUUCAUUGCCUCCAUCGCCUGGCGAGAAGACUGAUCCCUUUGCGACACCCAAGGUUCCUCACCCAGUUCACCAGAUGCCAGAGGGUGAUGUUUCUGAGCUGCAUCUUCCGGUUCAGCCCAUUGUCCCCGAGAUUGGAUCAGUCUACCCCGAUGAGCACCACGACCAUGGUGGCUACAACAUGCCUGAUAUUCAAUCUCCUCCCCCAGUCUUGGCCAAGGAUAACCACUACGAGGUGCCAAACUCUCCCCAAGGCACAGGCCGCUUCGACCUCCCAGAGCUCCCCUCUCAUGUCAACAAUGAGCCUGGCUUCUUUGACCAGCACGGCCAGACCGAGCCUGCAGAAUUAGAUCAGCCUGGCGUUGGCUUGGGCUUCCAAUCGCCCCAUGAGCUGCCCCUUCAAGAUCACCAACAGUACCCACCGAUUCAUGUGGACCAUAUGGAUGACCAGAUGCACCCCCACCCCGAUGCCCACCUCGACAACCACCAGCAGUACGCCGAGUACGACAGCUACCCUCAGAUCCAGACCUCAGAAUACUAUGACGACAUUCCCCAGAACCCCCAUAUGUACGAGGACGACAUGACACCGUACCCGAUGCAGCAGGACGCUCUUGGUGUCCCUCCAAUGCAGGGAAAGCGUCUUUCUGUUGGCCUGCGCCCAUUGCCCCCUCAUGAUGUUCAGGAAUCGGAGGAUCCCGAGUACCGUGCUAACCGUAUUCGUUCAUUCUACAAGGAAUACUUUGAGGACGGCGGCAACAACCAGGACUACGGCGACUACGGAGAGUACUACGAGGAUGGCGCCUACUACGACCCCGACUCCAACGCAUUCGUCAUGCCAUAUGCCGAACCCGUCAUGAGACGUGCCAUGACACCUCCUCCAGGUGGUCAUCGUGGUCCUCCUAUGCGUGGUCCUCGUGGAGCUCCUCGCGGCCCUGGCUCUGUUGGUGGUAUGUCGGCACCAGGUGGACGUGGACGACCUCGUGCGGGCUCAGCAUUCGCUGGCCGCAGACCACUACCUAAGAAGCGACUGCCUCCUCCUCAAGCUCUGCGCACAUUGCCUACUCCCUCUAAGCUCCAGGAUGACAGCUUCGCCAUCUUCAACGCUACCGACUUUGCCCCUCCUGAGUCCUUCAAGGAUACAGCUGCUGGUAGAAGCCAGAGUCCCUUUGGUGAAAGCCGACCAUACAAGGCUGUCGCUGCCGGCGCCUCGCCCCUUGUCACAGCCUUUGAUGAGCUCUCAGCUUUGCCCAGCCCUCACAUGCUGCGAAAGUCCAACACGUUUACCAACUUGGACUUUGCACCGCCCAAGAAGUUCAAGGAUGCGGAAGCGGGAGGAAGCGACGCUGGCAGCAUCCGAAGCAACAAGAGCGGCAUCUCGGCCAGACAGCUUGGAGCCAUCCGGGCCGGAGCUGGUAGAGUCAGCAGACUGCCUGGAGACACCGUCUUUACGACGGCGUCUAUGGGUAACCAGCUUAAGCCUCAAUGGGGCAUGCGCGCCUAAACGAGCGAGUAUUGAUGGUUUCUUGAUUUGCCUCAUGAGGCAUCGCAUAGCAGUGCAUAAAAACGGAUAGACUUUCUUUUUUUGGCGUACCAUACAUUGCAUACUGGGACUAAUUUGCCCAGCAUUUUUCUUUUCGAGCAUCACAGCAAAUGCUCGAAAGCAAUCACGGUGUUUUUUUGUUUUUAUUUUGUUUUUAUUCUCUUUAGUUCAGUCGACUGCAGCGUCUGUUAGAGCGCCUUGGGAUGCGCCACCAUCGUAUUCCAAAGCAAGGUAAAGUAGGCAUUGUUGGCGAUACGGUUUACCGGGAGGUGAAGCCGGUGACACUACUGUACAUAUUUUUUUUUUCACUAUUUACAUUUUAUAUAAAGGCGUAGCCACAAUGAACAACGUCAAAACACCUUUCCAUAUACAGAAGAAACUAGAGAUGAAGUGUUGGGCGAAGAAUGAGCAAGCAGCGUCCGUUAAACUUGGUUGCAAAAGAUCUUGGUUGCACUGUGGCUAACCUUGUGCCAAGGUUAACGUGCUAUUUCAGGAUUCCAGGGCAUUGCGGAUGGACUGUCCUGUCGAUCACGCGGCAGUGUAAUGAGGAAAAGCUGGAUAAGUU